AUUGUAGCCGCGGCGUUUCGGUCCGGACCCCGGGCCACCCACGGGUUGGUGGGCGCCUCUCGGCCCCGGGCUCUGCAAGCCCGGGAAGGCCAGACUUGGUGAGUACUGUUCCCCCUGGGGCUAACCCGGAGGCUCCCCGCUAUGGACGGCGAGAGCGAAGUGGAUUUUUCUAGCAACAGUAUAACCCCUUUGUGGCGGAGGCGGUCGACCCCCCAGCCCCAGUUGCUGGGCCGGAGCAAGCCGAGGCCCCAGUCCUAUCAGAGCCCCAGCGGGUUGCUGAUUACCGACUUCCCGGUGGAGGACCGAGGGACUCUCCCCGCGGCGCAGACUCCCGCCCUGGUGCCCACCGCCUCGGAUGGCAGGACGCUCCAGAGGAGCCCGCUGCUCCUGUGCGCGCAUCGGAGGGCUGUGGCCAACGGUCGGACCGUCACCCCGGAGUACCGGGCUGCCUCUCCUCGACUCCGGGGGCCCAAGUCACCCGAGGUGCCUGACGCGCCGUCGGGCGGCUCUGCGAAAUCCCCGGCGAAUGGCACGGUGACCUCGCCUGCGCCGCUGCCGCCGUGCUCCCCGCGGACUCCUAAUGCGUCCGCCCCCUGCAGCCCAGAGGAGAACCCGGCCCGACUGACUGCCAGCCCGGUGCUUUCGUCCACCACAAAUGGCCUUGCGCCUAAUAAGGACUCCCCUGGCUUGGGUGCGCAGCUCGGUCAGAUCGCUCAAGACUCGGAUCGGGGACCCUCGAGGCACUCUCCUGCUCCCCAGAAAAUGUCUUCGGAACAAAAACUGCCCCUGCAAAGGCUGCCCUCCAAGGAGAACGAGCUCCCGGAGAACCCUGCGGUGAUCUUGAGUACAAACAGCCCUGCCGCCCUCAAAGUGGGCAAGCAGCAGAUCAUUCCGAAGAGCCUGGCCUCGGAAAUUAAACUGAGUAAAUCCAACAGUCAGAAUGUGGAGCCCCACAAGAGACUGCUCAAGGUGCGCAGCAUGGUGGAGGGUCUCGGAGCGCCGCUGGGCUCUGCAGGGGAGGAGGGCGAGCUGGACAACGACCUGGACAGCCCGGGGUCCCUGCGCAGGGGCCUGCGGUCCACCUCCUACCGCAGGGCCGUGGUCAGUGGCUGUGACUUUGACAGCCCUACCAGCUCGAAGAAGAAGAACAGAAUGUCCCAGCCUGUUCUGAAGGCAGUGAUGGAAGACAAGGAGAAGUUUUCCAGCCUGGGCAGGAUAAAGAAAAAAAUGCUGAAAGGACAAGGAACAUUUGAUGGGGAAGAAAAUGCAGUCCUGUAUCAAAACUACAAAGAAAAAGCGCUUGACAUUGAUUCAGAUGAAGAGUCAGAGCCCAAAGAGCAGAAGUCGGAUGAAAAAAUUGUGAUUCACCAUAAGCCUCUGAGAUCCACAUGGAGCCAGCUCUCUGCAGUAAAAAGAAAUGGAUUAUAUCAAACAGUAAGCCAGGAGGAGAGAAAGAGACAAGAGGCUAUCUUUGAAGUCAUAUCCUCGGAACACUCAUAUUUACUUAGCUUGGAGAUCUUGAUACGAAUGUUUAAGAAUUCUAAAGAACUGAGUGACACAAUGACCAAAACUGAGAGGCACCAUCUUUUCUCCAACAUUACAGAUGUCUGUGAGGCCAGCAAAAAAUUCUUUACAGAGUUGGAAGCAAGACACCAGAAUAAUAUCUUCAUAGAUGAUAUAAGCGACAUUGUGGAAAAACACACGGCUUCCACGUUUGACCCAUAUGUGAAAUACUGCACAAAUGAAGUCUACCAGCAACGAACACUACAAAAAUUGUUAGCCACCAAUCCCUCCUUUAAGGAAGUGUUGUCAAGGAUCGAGUCCCACGAAGACUGUAAGAACUUACCUAUGAUCUCUUUUCUCAUCCUCCCCAUGCAGAGGGUGACCCGCCUCCCCCUGCUGAUGGAUACAAUCUGUCAAAAAACACCUAAGGACUCUCCAAAGUAUGAAGUCUGCAAAAGAGCCUUAAAGGAAGUAAGCAAGUUGGUUCGACUGUGCAAUGAAGGUGCCCGGAAGAUGGAAAGGACUGAGAUGAUGUACACAAUUAACUCCCAGCUGGAAUUUAAAAUUAAGCCUUUUCCUUUAGUCUCCUCUUCCCGGUGGUUGGUAAAAAGAGGUGAGUUGACAGCCUAUGUAGAAGACACGGUGCUUUUCUCAAAAAGAACAUCCAGACAGCAAGUCUACUUCUUUCUCUUUAACGACGUGCUCAUUAUCACCAAAAAAAAGAGUGAAGAAAGUUACAACGUCAAUGAUUAUUCCUUAAGAGAUCAGCUGUUGGUGGAAUCUUGUGACAAUGAAGAGCUUAAUUCUUCUCCAGGAAAGAACAGUUCCACAAUGCUUUACUCAAGACAGAGCUCUGCCAGUCACCUCUUCACUCUCAUUGUCCUUAGCAACCAUGCCAAUGAGAAAGUGGAAAUGCUGCUAGGGGCUGAGACACAGAGCGAUCGAGCCCGCUGGAUAACCGCCCUGGGACACAGCAGCGGGAAGCAGCCUCCUGACCGGACCUCACUGACCCAGGUGGAAAUUACUAGGUCCUUUACUGCCAAGCAACCAGAUGAGCUCUCGCUACAGGUGGCAGACGUGGUCCUCAUUUAUCAGCGCGUCAGCGAUGGCUGGUAUGAAGGGGAAAGACUUCGAGAUGGAGAAAGAGGCUGGUUUCCUAUGGAAUGUGCCAAGGAGAUAACCUGUCAAGCUACAAUUGACAAGAAUGUGGAGAGAAUGGGACGUUUGCUAGGCUUGGAGACCAACGUGUAGCCUCUCACUCAGAUGACCUCUUGUUACUGCAAGAUUUGCACGACCACUGAUGGGCUGGUGUCAUUGUUAAUUUCAUCACAGUCUAUUUAAUUAAAUGAAUGAAAACUCUUUCCUUUCAACUUGCCAGGUUGCUCUGUUCUCUUGGGAGAACAGCUACUGGAUGCAGUUAGUCCACAUAGCUCAGUUUUUACAUAACCGCCCCUUGCAAACCUCUUGGUACACUGAGAAGUCCACGUCAGGGAUCAGUUGGUUCUAGCUCUUUCUAGUGUCACCAUGUUCUGGCAUGAAAAUGUGCCUAAGAUGCUAUAUGCUGGUUUUCUCUACCCUCACUUCACUAAGACUGUCUUCACUCCUCCUUAAACAUCUCCUUUAUGUGAUUCUUCCAGUAGUGGUGAGAUUGUCUGUCUUCAAGAAGUUUCUCACUUUGUAAAUUUUUUCCGGACUCUUACUUUUUUUUUUUUUUUUUUUUUACAUUGGUUCCUAAUAUGUUAAUUUCAAAAGGAACUGGUAGAGUUUAAAAGGUGAAUUGUCAUAUUUUUCUAAACCUCUUCCCAGGAAAGAGAAAUUGAAUUUCCCUUGAAUUUUUGCCACCUUUUUCCUCAUGGGAAGUGAAGGAAGGAGACUUAUUUUAAGGAUUUUUUUUUAAAUCCAUUUUAGUCAAUAUUGGCAUUAGAUAACUAUACCUUAUUAAAUCUUAGCUGCUUUAAAUAAUAUGGAAUUUAGAUGGUUCAUAUGUGUGAGGAAAUCUUGAAUAAAGGACAAGAGUCCUACUUUUUAAAAAUAUCCCGAAUGAGUUGAUAAAAAACUGACGUGAGGCUGCUUUGCCUUCAAUAACGCAUGGUUUUCCACUGUUCCUGCUCCAGCUUCCAAAUAGGAAACUGCCUGGAACACAGGUUAACAAUCUUAAAGAAGGGAAAAUUGGAUCUUAAAAGGUGUCAGAAAGCCAUCAUGGUACCUACUUGAAACAUUUUGACCUUAGUGGGGGUCCAGUCUAUUUGCACUAAAGGCCCUGCUUGCUGGAAUCAGUGUCUCUUCUCAUUGUGAGUCUCUGUAGAACCUUAUUCAGCUAGUGCAAGGAGAGAGAAAAAAAGUGAAAGAAUGGAAGAUGGAGAGGGGAGAAUUGAUCUUCAUGGGCAGCUAUGUUCCCUCUCUUCUCCAUUCUCCUUGACAGUUAAAACCUGGAGUAUGUACAUAAUUAGAGCACUCAGAUCUCUAUGUGAUGUGUCCCAGCCACUGGCUGAUAGCCAGUUAGCCAGGUCAUGAGUGUGAUGACAGAAGCCCAGACUGGAACUUCUCACCCUUGCUCUUUUUCACCUGUGCACAAUUCUUAUUGUAGAAGACAUUCCAGGCCCUGAGUUUCUUGAGGUCUGAACAAGUAAGUCAAUGACCUCAUAGCAUUAGACCAACAGCAAGAGCUAUCUCGGGGUUUAUAAAACAAGAAAUCUGUCUCCUCUUCAGUGAUGUCAUCAACUUUGGAGGAUGGGCUAACAAGUUGUAAUUUAGUCUAAUGUCGUUUUUUAUUUAGUAAGGAAACUGAAUUUGUUGCUUGCAAGGGGAUCAUUUUUUAUUAUUUUUGCUAAUACCCUGUUGAAACUAAAAAGCAACCAUAUGAAUCCUGUGAAUUAACUUAUAAGUAGAAAUGUUGAACAGUUUUGGAAAGACACGCAUCUUAUAAAAUCAAAGCCUUAUUUAGCAAGCAGAUUAAUACAGUUAUUAAAGUGUUGCAAUACAUCUGGUAUUUAACAAAUUUAAAGUGUUUAAUUUCAAUUUAGAAUUGUUUUUAACGAUACAGUGUUUUUUCAAACCUAAUUCAGUUGCUAUGAAUGCCUAUUCUGAAUUGUACAGAGAUUUUGUUUGGGGAGAAAACGGUGUUCAUUUUUGUCCUAAUAAAUUGAGACUGUACACUUUUGGAAAAAUGGAUUUAUAAAGAUUUUGUAUAUAUUUGU